AUGCCCGUCCCCACUCGCUCGUCGUCUUCCUUGACUCUCAGUCAUCACCUAAACGCCGCAACUAGGCACCCUAUCCCCAACCUCACUGCCGCCGCCACCACGUCUACUCAAUCAAUCCAUGCCGUCGCCAACGCCAGAAUCUACCACACUGAUUUGGACGCCAAGAAGGACGAAUGGACCUAUUCGCGCCUCAAGGGCACCUUGACAUUUGGCCGAAAUUGGUCCUUGAACAAGCCCAAUGACAUCAAGGGCGAUGGCCAGCACUGGUUCACUUUGUCCGACGAAGCGAAUGGAAAAACGGUUUGGAUGUUUGAGAUUCCAGCCGCCGGACUCCAGUAUGAGGUCGACAGGCCUUUCUUCCAUGUAUUCAGCGGCAGGACGCGAAAGUAUGGCCUCCUGUUCGAAGAUGACGAUGAAGCUGCUCUUUUUUCGAAAAAGGUGUUCAGCGAAGUGUGCAAAGACGUCCCUCCACCGAAACGAGGACGGAGUUUCCGAUCCAGACACCACACCCGUUCCAAAUCGUUCAACGGACGUUCAGCUUCAAUUACCCGCGCCCAGAUCUCGCACCCGGUAACAAACUCUUUCCGACACAUCUCCCAUAUCGGAGUGAACCGAACGGGAGUGUAUGAGAUGUCGAAAGACCUCGCCAGUACCAACUUCAAAGAUAUGCUUCUCCAAUUGCAGCAUGUAGGCAAUAACGGCCUAGAGCAAGGAAGCUUCGUCGUAGACUUCUGGAAUGACGUCGACGGGAAGAAAAUGUCGCGCGUGAGUAGCGUCGCCAACUUCCAGCAACCUCAACCUGUCGCUGUCGCCUGUUAA